AUGCCUGCUACAGAGCUCUGCUCUAGUGGAACUCUUGAUGCAAUGAAAUCAGACAAGGGGAAUGAUUCCCUAGACACUUUCAUCAGACAAGCCAUUGGAAAGGAGCCUCUUAUCCCUUUUCCAAGAGCAGCAGAUAGUUCUAUGCAGUGGAUCCAGUUGCUUAAUGCCCUAGAUCAGCCAGAUCUCCCUGGUUGGCCAUUGAUGACUCCUGUCAAACCGCAGAUGCAGAAGUGCGGGAAGUGUUCCCGGGAGUUCUGUUCCCUGAUUAAUUACAGAAGGCACGUCCGGGAGCAUCGCAGAUCUCUAAAUGUCCACAAGGAUUCUCACAAGAAUAGGGAUUUGUUAGCUGCCUUUUGGGAUAAGAUUUCGUUGGAGCAGGCCAAAGAAGUAGUAUUAUUUGAUGAUGUGAUGCUUAAGGAUAUUCCUGGAUCUUCGAUUAUAAGGGCUUUGGCAUCCUCUGUCCGCAAACCAGGCAUUUGGACUCUUCCGCCUAUCUAUGUUAGGGCGGGCACAAAUCUGUUGGUGAGGAGGCAUCAUCUAUUUAUCGAAUUGGCUCCCUGUUUCAUCUCAUCAGUUCAUUUUUUCACAUAUUCCUCUUUUUUUUUUUUUUUUCAAUCACAGGAUAUUAUUCAAGCUAAGCCCUUGGGGGUGGGACUACCAAUAUCCUCAGGGGAAUUAUUUAGCAUCCUUGACGAUGCUAGUGAGAAGACAUUUCUAUGUGGUGGGACAGCUGAAUCUGUGCUGAAGUUUGUAUUUGAUGGAGAAACUGCUAAAAAUUGUCUCGAGUUGAAGAACCUAGUUGCUUGCACUAGCUUCCUCUUUGAACAGCAACUGGUGAAAGCUUGGAUUGCCUACAAAGAUGCGGAGGCUUUGAGGUGUCAGAAACUGCUUGUGGAGGAAGAAGAAGCUGCACAGAAGAGACAAGCUGCGCUUUUGGAGAAGAAGAAACAGAAAAAGCUUCGCCAGAAGGCGAAAGAACAACUUAACGGGUCUGGCCAAACUGUGAAUAUCAAUGUUGAUGUGGUUGAUAUUGCAGAUGAAGCAUCCGGGCCUUCAUCCCCAUCCGAUACGAAUUCAAAUUCUCCACCAGAUUUGCCUGCAAACUCAGAUUCUAGCCUAGAAUCCACUCAGCUCCAAACCAAAGAAUCAAAUGAAGAAAAUACUGAGCAACAGUUUGUAGAUAACAAACACGAUGAAGAUUCUCAAACAAUCAAAGCGGACCCGGAUGACACUUGCCACUCAUCCACCAAACCUUGGCAGGCCUCAAAAUCCCUACGUGGCAGCCGGUUCGGAUUGAAUCAUCAACCUCUUAAAUCCGAACCUAUGCAUAAGUUCGGCCCAUCCAGGGAUCGGAGCCUACAGAACGGGACCAAAAUCUGGACCAAGAAACUUAAAGUCAAUACUGAUGUGGAAAAACCAGAGCCCCCAGCUGCUCAGGAAAAAAAUAAUUGUGAGGUGAUUAUCGGCUCUAUAGCCGUGACCCUCAAAUCUUUUGUUGCUCAGCCGCAGAAAGAUAAUCACUCAAAUAAAGUUUCGGAUAAAUCCAAUAAUGAGCAUGCUGUUCUUCCUAAGAAAAAUGUUCCGGAAAAAUUGACGAAAGCUCAUCAUGUCCAGCCUGGAAAUAAUCGUGCGGGUCCUAAGCAUUGGAGGCCUGUGCGCCAUGUUGAAGCUGAAACUACCCCAUCUUUGAAUAGGGGCAACGAGGAUACUGAGAAGGUUGAUACGUCGAAGAAGGUUGCUGACCAGGUUUUGUCUGGCGAGAGGUCCGAGGAGUCACAUCUGGUGGACAAUGAUUUUGAGAACGGGAAAAUGCUAUUCCGUGAAGUUUCAGGCGAAGUCUAUGCUUCGCAAGGCCCUUUGCCAUUCUCCACUGCUGCUGCUAGAGAGUUUCUCGCUCAGAGGUGGAAGGAAGCUAUUUCAUCCGAUCACGUGACAUUAGAGCUCUCAGAGCCAAAACGUCCCAAACCCUCUGAUGUUCAACCUGAGUCCUCAACAACAACAGUUCCCGAUGCAUCAGAUACUCCUGUGAAUCAACUCGACACAAAUAUUCAAGCCAAGCCGAGUAAAAAGAGGGGGAAGGGUGGGAAAACCAGAUACAUAGUCAAACAGAAAGCCGAUGCCUAG